AUGCGUCUCUGGGAUGGAAAAGAUGGCUGCCAACGGUCCAGUGCCUCACGCGUGCGUGGUUGGCCUGGAGGCAUAGAGCGGUUCUGUGAAACUUGGUGGUGGCGUCUGAUCAGGCAGAGGAUUCCCGACUCGUGGAUGCGUGAAAGGGCACUCUGUAAUACUCGUAUGCACUCAAUCUCCGUCAUCAGACAGGCGCCUGAGACCAGAGUCGAGGCGGUCCUGGUGUUGGUACUUGGCGAAGCACUGAUUGUACCUUACUUCCGAGUGGUUGGUUAG